AGCCGAGGUGGGAAGGCACAGCUGCGAGCCAAGGCUCUGACCUCCUCUGAGCUCCUCCGGCCGCUCGCAGGAUCUUCCCGACCCUGCAGGACUUGGCAAACUCCUACCUCCGCUCCCAUUAGUUCCCCAACCCCCACCAAGUCUCCUCCUUCAGGGUCCCCCAUCCAUCUCACUUUGCAGAAUUUGACGCUUCUUCUAACACCUUUUUGUAACACCCCAGAACUUCGAGUCCCUUAAUUGAAUUUGACUUUUGUUUUUAUUUCUCUGGCUUCCUCUUCUGCCCCCUCAUCUGAUUGAUGUGCGAAGGCUGAUGUCUCUGCCAGAGCGAGAGGAAUAAAUAGAUGCUGCCUCUCCUAGAGGCUUAGACGUUUGGGAAGAGCAGCCAGCGCAGCAAGGCACCGGGCUCCGCCAAGCUCGUGGAUCGGACCUGGGAGGACUUGGAUCCAAGAGAACUGUGAUUGUCCCGGCGGACAGCUCCUCAGGUUGUGCUCACCCCUCGGGACCGCAGGAGGAGACUUCGGAACUCACCUCUCGAGUUCGUCACCCGGCUGCGCCCUGCCCCAUCCUUCUGGGACCAUGGUCUGCCGCGGCCCGGGACGGAUGCUGCUGGGAUGGGUCGGGCUGCUAGUCCUGGCUGUUCUCUGCCUGCUCCAGGUGCCCGGAGCGCCGGCAGCAGCCUGUGAGCCUGUCCGCAUCCCCCUGUGCAAGUCCCUGCCCUGGAACAUGACCAAGAUGCCUAACCACCUGCACCACAGCACCCAGGCUAACGCCAUCCUGGCCAUCGAACAAUUCGAAGGGCUGCUGGGCACCCACUGCAGCCCGGAUCUUCUCUUCUUCCUCUGUGCUAUGUAUGCACCCAUUUGCACCAUCGACUUCCAGCACGAACCUAUCAAGCCCUGCAAGUCUGUGUGUGAGCGCGCCCGACAGGGCUGCGAGCCCAUCCUCAUCAAAUACCGCCACUCGUGGCCAGAAAGCUUGGCCUGCGAGGAGCUGCCGGUGUACGACCGUGGCGUGUGCAUCUCUCCCGAAGCCAUCGUCACCGCGGACGGAGCGGAUUUUCCUAUGGACUCGAGUACUGGACACUGCAGAGGGGCAAGCAGUGAACGUUGCAAGUGUAAGCCUGUCAGAGCUACACAGAAGACCUAUUUCCGGAACAAUUACAACUACGUCAUCCGGGCUAAAGUUAAAGAGGUAAAGAUGAAAUGUCAUGACGUGACCGCCGUUGUGGAGGUGAAGGAAAUUCUAAAGGCGUCACUGGUAAACAUUGCAAGGGAUACCGUGAACCUUUACACCACCUCUGGCUGCCUCUGCCCUCCACUUAAUGUUAAUGAGGAGUAUGUCAUCAUGGGUUAUGAAGAUGAGGAACGCUCCAGGUUACUCUUGGUAGAAGGCUCUAUAGCUGAGAAGUGGAAGGAUCGGCUUGGUAAGAAAGUCAAGCGCUGGGAUAUGAAACUCCGUCAUCUUGGACUGGGUAAAACUGAUGCUAGCGAUUCCACUCAGAAUCAGAAGUCUGGCAGGAACUCUAAUCCCCGGCCAGCACGCAGCUAAAUCCUGAAAAGUAAAAGGCCACACCCACGGACUCCCUUCUAAGACUGGCGUUGCUGUACUACCAAAGGAAAACUGCGUGGUUGCGCUCCCGACCUGUCUUUACCACAGAUAUCGCGUGGCGAUUGAUGUCAGUUCCGGUUCCUUUUCUCCCGCUUCUUAAUGGCCUGGGGUUAGAUCCUUAAACAUGCUAUAUAUUCUGUUUCACCAAUCAUGUGGGAACUGUUCUUUCAAAACCAGAAUAAUAAAUUAAAUUUGUUGAUGGUAAAGUCUCUGUACUGGACUCCCCGGGUUUUAAUUUGGUGUUCUGUGCCCCAACUGAGAAUGCAAUAUUUGACGUAAAGAGAGAAUCUUAGUAAUAUCUCAAGAACUAGAUAUUGCUGUAAAACAGACUCUGCUGCUGUACUCGCAGCCCUGUGUUUGUAUGCCUUUGGGUAUUUCCUUCAUGCUGUGAAAGUUCUAAAUGUUUAUAAAGGUAGAAUGGCAGUUUGAAAUCAGACACUGCACAAGCAGAGCAGCGCAACACCAGGAAGCAUUUAUGAGAAAAUGCCACACAGCAUGAAUUAUUUUCAAGAUUGGCAGGCAGCAAAAUAAAUAGUGUUGGGAGCCAAGAAAAGAAUAUUUUGCCUGGUUAAGGGGCAACCUGGAAUCAGUAGCCCUUGAGCCAUUAACAGCAGUGUUCUUCUUGCAAAGUUUUUGAUUUGUUCAUAAAUGUAUUAAUGAACGUUAGAGAAAAACUUAUAGCUAGACUUCUGUUGUUAUCACUAUAGCUCUGCUUCCUUCUGAAUCAAACCCAUUGUUGGAUGCUCCCUCUCCAUUCAUAAAUAAAUUUGACUAGUUGUAUUGAUCAAGAAAAGAAAGUAUUAAAUUAAGCAUGUGUGUACACUAGGGUGUUAUUUUAAAGAGGUAUGUAACUCUAUAAAAGACUAUUAGUUUACAGGACAGUGAAAUGUGCACAUUUGUUUUCUUUUUUUCUUCUUUUUGUUUUGGGCUUGUGAUUUUGGUUUUUGUUGUGUGUAUGUCUGUAUUUUGGGGGAGUGGGUUUAAGCCAUUGUACAUCCAAGUGGAACUCUACUAGAGUUGACUAGGCUCAUUGGUCUAGACAUUACGAUUUGAAUUUGUGCUGUUUAAUGCUCGGUCAAAAUGUCUAAUAAAAAGAAUUAUGGUUGUCAGGAGAGACAACAACAACAAAAA